AUGAAAUCGUUCACAUUUGUAAUCCUGAGUGUUAUCGUUGCCUUCUUUGCAAUGUCACCUCUGAAUCCAAUCAAUGCUCAACUGAGCACCACGACCACGACCACUUCGACCUCGAGCUUAUCUGCCACCUUAACCACCACCACGACUCCCAUAGUCACGACCAGUCCACAAACGAGCACCGCCACCGCCACCACCGACACCUUCAGUGUAAAUCCAACCACGUUCACGCGAACUGCCCCAACUUCUACCACAACUGUCAGCCCCUCUUCCUCCUCCUCGAAUGCAGCCCCCACGUUAUACGUUCAAGGCUUUGGGGCUGCCAUGGCUGGCGUCGCCGCUGUAAUCAACUUUAUAAACUGA